AUGGUGGCGGGCGGCUACCCCGUGUCAGGGUGCCGUCCUGAUCAACUACAACAACAACAACAGGCCUCGACGUUUGGGACCCUUGGUCCUUUUUUAAGCUCUUGGACACUGACGCAGGUUCCCCGUGGCUUGCACUGGUUUGCCACGGUGCCUUCUGGAGGCUACGUGGAGAUCGAAGAGUUCUUUCUGGGAUGCAUCCGCUUCAGUGGGCAUGCGCGAGCCAUGGACGUGGGGAAGAUCAUCCAGGAUCAGAACUGGAUCAUCAAGAGCCAGGGCAGAUUCCAGGGCUUUGUGGAGCUGGAGCUUCGCAAGUUCCGUGAGGAGCUGCAAUUUGUGACCAAUAUUCUCGCCAACCGCGCCUCCGGCAUUGUGACCUCAGCUUCGAUUUAA